AUGGCGCCGCCCUCGAUAAAAAAGAGAAAGGUGGACGAGGGGAUGAGGGGAAAGACGUCACGGCCGAAGAAGAAGUUUAGAAAGCAGGAAUACUACAGCAGCAGUUCUGAGGACGAAGAAAACGCAGGAGCUCCAACCGACUUUGCAGCAGUGAACCUCAAUGAUUCAGACAGCGACGCCGAGAAGUCCAUACAAAGCGAUGUUUCAUUAGAAAACGAUGAACCAGAUCUACAAGCAGAAGAUCAAGAGGAAUUGGCUACAACGGGAGAGUCAGAUGGUGAUGAUGAUGACGAGGACUCAGAUGCAUCUUCAGUCACUUCGUCUCAGGCUGGAUCAACAAACACAACAAGCCGAAAACAUAUCUCCAAACGAAAUGAUCCGACUGCCUUUUCCACCUCCAUAUCGAAGAUUCUGUCUACAAAGCUUCCCACGUCUGCUCGGGCGGACCCAUUGCUGUCACGAAGUAAAGCUGCAGCUCAAACAAGUGCAGAUAUAGCAAACGAACGGCUUGAGCACCGCGCGAAGGCAAAGCUACGAGCAGAAAAGAAGGAAGAACUAGACCGGGGCCGUGUGAGGGACGUUCUGGGGGUGGAUAGGGGUGAAGCUGGAGAGACAGCAGAAUUUGAGAAGAAGCUGCGCAAAGUAGCACAGAGGGGUGUUGUCAAACUGUUCAAUGCUGUCAGAGCAGCACAGGUACGGGGCGAAGAAGUUGCCAGGGAAGAAAGGAGGAAGCGCCUCACAGUUGGAAUGGAUGAGCGAGAGAAGGCUGUCAACGAGGUCAGCAAACAAGGCUUUUUGGACCUGAUAAACGGCAUUGGCUCGAAACCUAUUGAAGAAGCUUGA